AUGGUAGUUAAUUAUAGGGAGAUAAAUGCUCUUACGGUGGCGCCCGACUUCCCCUUACCUCCCAUUGCCACUAUCUUGGAAAUGCUGGGAGGGGCCAAGUACUUUUCCUCAUUGGAUCUGGAGUCGGGAUAUCAUCAGAUACGCAUGGCGCGGGAGGACAGCUCUGAUAUACCCGGCAACGCCACUCUAUUGAAACAGGUUCUAAGUAUCCAGCAAAAGAAUUACUUCUUUCCUAAGUUCAGCAAAUGUGAGUUCGCAAAGAAAGAACUCACUUACCUUGGGUACACAGUCAGCGCAGAAGGAAUCAAACCCGCCGCAGACAAGGUUGCAGCCGUUCAACAGUGGCCGGAGGUGCUACAGAAUGUCACCCAGGUGCGGCAGUUCCUAGGCACUGUAAAAUACUGUCGUAUGUUUAUGGGGGCAGACUGUCCUAGAGUGGCCCGCCCCCUACUGGAACUCACACGGAAGUGGGUCCACUUCAAGUGGACGGAGGCCCACACACAAGCAGUGCAACAGCUCAAACGAAAACUCACCGAUUACGUCACCCUCCAGAUACCCGAUACCACGAAGCCUUUUGACCUGUACACAGAUGCUUCGGGAUUUGCGUUGGGUGCGGUCCUGGAGCAGGAGGGAAAACCAUUUGGGUUCCUGAGCCAAACAGUGAACGCUGCGCAGCAGAAGUACUCCAUCUAUGACCAGGAAUUAUUGGCACUGGUUACCGCCUUGGACAAGUGGUCACACCUACUGAGAGCUGCAAAGGUAAUGGCCUACACGGAUCAUCAAGCACUAACGCACCUGCAACAACUUAAGGCAUCCAAACCUCUUCGGGGGCGCACCGCGAGGUGGCUUGAUUUCCUCGCGGAGUUCCCUGAACUGACGAUCUCCUACCUGCCAGGCACACGCAAUCAAGUGGAGGAUGCAUUGUCGCGUAACCCUGGAGGGCCUACAACCAAGGCUCCCAGCAGUAUUGACACCCCACAAGUCUCCUCGGUUUCCCUCGCACCCGCUGAGGUACCCUUAACUCCACAUCGUGAAACUAGAAGACGACGUAACGACUAUCGACAACUAGCCGGCAUUCGGGCGAGGACGCGGCAACAGCGGAGAAGCGAGAAGCCCACGGAGGCGCCCCUGGACACACAACAGCAGCACGAUCGGCCACAGCAACAGACGUGUGCAACACACAAGCCGAAUUCCCCUACACACGCCCUCGACUGGGCAGGGGCAUACUCUAAGUGUUCAGUCUUCCGCGAAGCUUAUACGGCCGCUGCCAAGACCCCAGGAGAAACUGUCCAUGUCGAGAUUCAUCAGCGCCGCUAUGGGUUUUGUUACCAGCACCCAUACCUGCGCAUAUGUCAGAAUGGCAUUUGGCUGAUAUGUGUCCCACAAUUACCGGAGUUCCUAACGCAUAUACUAUACCAGUUCUACGAUCACGUCGGUGAUAAAGGCCAGGCUCACGUGGCUCCAAGUUCAGCAGCAGACACGGUAGCACUAUUGGCGGACAGGCUCAUUCGAUAUCAUGGGUUCCCAGAGACCCUAGUCUCAGACAGGGACCCGCGCUUCACCUCGGAGAUCUGGGAGGCGCUGUGCUCGCGUUUCAACAUCAGAGCAGAACUGUCCCCCCGCUAUCACCCACAGACAGACGGACAGACGGAGCGUGUGAACCGCACCCUCGAGGAGAUGCUACGCAGAUACAUACAAACGGAUGAAAAGGAGUGGGAGCAUCUGUUACCUGCAUUAGAGCUAGCGUAUAACACCACACCCCACUCGUCCACAGAGCUCUCUCCGUUUGAAGUCAUGAUAGGGGAGAACCCCCUUACAGCGGCGGACCUAGAUAUCGUAGGGACGUUACCCCCAACACUCUCCCCUCCUAUGACGAAACUCUUCCAGCGCCUCUGCGAUAGGGCACAGGCCCACAUCCUGCAAGCAAAGUGGAGGCAGAAGUAUUACGCUGACACCAGGAGACGCCCGAUGGAGUAUAAGGUGGGGGAUCGAGUGUGGAUUAGCAGCAGACACCAGCGUUAA